GUUCGGGCCUUAUAACACCCAAAUCGAAUUUCGGUGAUAGUUCACGGUAUCUAAGUGCAAAACGAUUUCUCUCGCAACCGCCGACGUCGGCACUAGCUGCCGUCGCACCGGCCGCCGUUGCCCUCACAUCGCCGAGACGUCAGACCAGCAGCAGUAUGUCACAGUCCGGUGAAGAUUUGCAUUCGCCCAGCUAUUUGUCGUGGCGCAAGCUGCAACUGAGCCGGGCCAAACUGAAGGCGUCCAGCAAGACAUCGGCCCUGUUGUCCGGUUUUGCAAUGGUUGCCAUGGUAGAAGUCCAAUUGAACAAUGAUACCCAAGUACCCGCCGGCAUGCUGGUCGCCUUUGCCAUCUGUACCACGCUGCUUGUCGCCGUCCACAUGUUGGCCCUGAUGAUCAGCACCUGUAUACUGCCGAAUAUUGAGACUGUGUGCAAUUUGCACAGCAUCUCGCUGGUGCAUGAAUCACCCCAUGAGCGUCUGCAUUGGUAUAUCGAAACGGCAUGGGCCUUUUCAACCCUACUGGGUCUAAUACUUUUCCUACUCGAAAUUGCCAUCCUAUGUUGGGUUAAAUUCUAUGAUCUUAGCCAGCCGGCUGCAUGGUCGGCGUGUAUUGUUCUCAUACCCGUACUCGUUAUUUUCCUGGCCUUUGCCAUACAUUUCUAUCGGUCACUGGUGACGCAUAAAUACGAAGUAACCGUAUCGGGUAUACGUGAAUUGGAAAUUCUCAAGGAACAAAUGGAACAGGAUCAUCAUAUGGAUCAUCAUCAUGCCCCGGGACAUCAUCGUAAUAAUGGUCUUAAUUAUGGAGCACCGGGUGAUAUUGUCUGAGAAUUUUUUU